AUGACCGAACCCCACCCCCUACCCAAGCUCAAACGCCCCGCCGGCGAACCCCAAUUUCACAACAAUGCGGCGUCCCACUUCCACUCCCACCUCCACUUUCCGUCCUUCCUCCAGAACAUUCAACAUAUAAUCGAAGACCACUUGAACCCGGCUCCCUCAAACGUGCCCAGAAGCCCCUUCUCCGAGCCACCCACGCAAAUCAGUCAACUCUUGUCCUCAGACCCCUCCAACCGGCCACCUCCGGAAGGAGACAAUACCCAAACCCAAACUGUCCUCCGCGACACCGAGCCUGCCAACGCUCCUCGAAAGGCUACCACUCCUCCGACAGCUAACACUCUUCCAACCGCCAACACGCCUCCACGUUCACCCAACACUCCUCCAGCGGGUAAUGCUCUUCCAACCUCCCGACACUCCUCUGACCGCCCAACUAUUGAUCCAACGUCCGACCUUCCUAUUCACCAACACCAACGCUAA